AUGGCAACCAACAUCGGGAUGAUGGACUCUGCAUAUUUCGUCGGCAGAUCGGAAAUCCUUUCGUGGAUCAAUUCUACCCUUCAUCUCAGCCUUUCCAAAGUCGAAGAGGCUUGCACUGGCGCUGUCCAUUGCCAGCUAAUGGAUGCGGUUCACCCAGGGAUGGUGCCGAUGCACAAGGUUAAUUACGAUGCGAAGAACGAGUACGAGAUGAUCCAGAACUACAAGGUGCUUCAAGAUGUUUUCAACAAAUUGAAGAUCAAUAAGCAUAUCGAGGUAAACAAAUUGAUCAAAGGCAGGCCGCUGGACAAUUUGGAAUUUAUGCAAUGGAUGAAGCGUUACUGUGACAGUAACAAUGGAGGGCACAUGAACAGUUACAACCCUCUGGAAAGGAGAGAGACAUCCAAGGGCGGGAAAGAGCUGAGCAAGAAAUCCACCGUGUCACAAUCUUCUGCAAGGAAUACGGCAUCUGCCCCCAAACAUAAUAGUCGAAGGACAGAGGCAUCUCAUGCCAACACGGGAGGCCAAUCUGUUAAAGCUCCUAGACCAUCUUCAAGUGGUGGGGUAGCUCACCCCGUCUUGCCUGAAGCAGAACGCACAAUGUUUGAGCAACAGAUUACCGAACUGAAGCUAUCUGUAGAUAGUCUGGAGAAGGAGAGGGAUUUCUACUUUUCAAGAUUGAGGGAGAUUGAGAUCUUGUGCCAGAACCCUGAUACUGAAAAGCUGCCUGUGGUUAAAGCAAUAAAAGGGAUAUUAUACGCUGCAGAUGAUGAUGAUGAAUCGGGGGUUCCAGAGGAUCAGGCUUGUUUAACAUCAUCGGAGCAUGUGUUGUCUGAAGAAAUAGAGAACAAAAUGAAGGCUGAUACUCAAAAGAGAAAAGGUAUUAGUAACAUUGAUGUUGAUGUUGCAGCUAGCAAUACCUUGUCUCCUAGGCAACGGUUGGCCGAGUCCUCUGAUGUGCAUUGCAGUGGGUCACCUCUGGUUACUUACUGA